UCGCUGAAAAGACAUCGGAACGAGCCCGAACGCAAAGUGUGUUCAAUCUGUGGCUGGUACUGUCAUUUUCCUCCCUCGACCUGUAAUUUUCUAGUUAGGAUUUUCAAUUUGUAAAAAGAAAAAGUUUAGUAUUAGUGAUAAUUGGAUGGGGGAAUCCCCCAAAUGCCUGUAGAAUUCCACGUAAAAAAUAGUGAAAGGAUGAUGAAAAGUGCUGAGUGCAUCAGGUGGUGGUGGUGGCGGGCAGUGUAGGGGUUAAGUGAGUGUCGCGAACAAUGGAGAUGGAUGUAGAUCUGACUCGUAGCGAUAGGCGGGAUCCAGCUUCUUCACCUGCCAUCAAGCCAGGAUGUUGUGUUAUGCAGCGACGGACAGCGCCUCAAAGCCCACAGGAUAUCUACUUCGAGAGCCGUGGAAAAUCCUGCAAAAAGCUACUCAAAUUCAAUGGAAAUUCAAAUAAGAUUCACCUCUACCCGGAAGAAAGUUGGGCCCGGAACGCUACAUCCUCCUACUGGACAAUAACUCCAUGUUGGUGGCAACCGAACCGCUGUACUAUCGAAGAAGUAACAGCCACACAAAAAUACUCAACAAAAGCUCAAAUGAUAUCCGCUGAAAAAGGAUCGCUCAUUAUUAUAGGCUCAUUUAAAAAGAAGGCGCGCGACCGAGACUUCAAACUCUACCUCAAUUCGAAUAUAAGCCUGGAAGACUACAAUAUGGGCUACUGUAUGACGGGUUUUGUAGAGCGACGCUGUCAACAAACUAACACUUUUCAAAUGACUCAUUUUGCCGUCAUAAAAAGGCAAUGGCCGUCCACUAAUGAAAAAUAAAAUUAUUUUUUAAAUAAUUAUAACGAGCUAAUAACAAACUAAGAAAGAAAACUUAUGGUAAAUUAUGAGAAUAAGUGAAAAUCAAAUUUUCUUCAAAAUGCUUUAGGAGGAACGAAGAAGGUCAUGAAAUGAAAGUAAUUAUUACGUCCUAAGGGGAUGGAAACUGACAGUGGCCAUCCCAAAAUAUUUAGUUAAUACUACGUGUAAGUGGUCAAAGAAUAAAAUGUAUGGCAUACAGGGUACUAACCUCACAACACAAACUCUAAAGCUUACAACACUAAUCUUCACAUAUACUUAGAAAAUACACAGAGAAAACUUCUAAAAAGGACUAAGCAAAUCAAAGAAAUCAGCUUCACUCAACUAUGGAGAAAUUCCCCCUAGAAUUCAUUAUUUCAGGAAACAUAGUAUUUGAAUAUUUUCUCAUCACGAACUUCUCCUUGUGGUUUUUUUCUUAUUUAUUGUAUUAUUCAACGUACAUGCUCGGUUUGGCUCAUAGCCAGGGAUUUGUGGUCACAUAUGCAUUAUAGUCCCCCUGUCAAGACCUUUUUUCUGAAACGUAUUAUAAUCAAGUUAACUUAGCUCCAUUUAAUCCCAAUACAGCUGCACAUGCAAAUGAAUCUAGAUACUAUUUUGAAUAACACUUGCAUAUUAUUUGGGAUCAUACAGCCAUAAUCAAAAAUAGUUCGCAACCACCCUGUAUUAAGUAUCGUAUGUAAGUACAUUUAUGAAUUCAGGAAUCCACCGCAUUAUCGUACAUUAAAUUUAUGUGUUUUAUUCAAAAACGAGUACCUGGCAUGGCGUGGCGUUCAAGAUACAUUUUUAAAGAUUCACGUACAGCUCAAGAUCCAAAAAGUAUGGCUGAGGAACAAUAGCGCUAUUGAGUUAAUCCUAAUUUAUUGAGUGCUCAUACUAGUGCCGCUGAGUCGCUUCAAGCUCUAUUACUCGAACACGUACUUCUGGGAGUUUGCAAGGAGCCAGAGUAUAUUUUUGCUGACUACGUAAGACAUCCAGGAGAUAAAGGAACAAAAGUUUCGCAGAAAGCUGCUUAUCAGAACAUUUAAACAUUUUUCUAGGCUAUAAGAAAAUGAAAAUGAAAUAUGUAUAAAUUAUGGAAUAUUGUUAUAUAGUGUGUAAUGUUCCCGCGUCCGUGUAUUUGGAUUCCUUUUUUCGAAACAAAAUUAUUGUACAUUAUUAUGAUAUAGUGCUACUUUGUAUGUAAAUGUUCCUCCUUUUGAGAAAUUACCA